CACUUAGAAUUAUUUUCACUACACUCUAUACUUUAUGCUAUAGCUGCCUAACACAAGCUUAAUCAAAUGGCAUCAUAUCAGCUGGGAUUUGCACUCUUCAUCACUUUGGUUCUUGCCACACUUCAGUUUUCUUCUUGCUAUGUCUUGAAGGGUUCUGUUACUUGCCUAGACUGCAGUCAACGUAUCGAUCUCUCAGGAAUAAAGGUUUCAGUGAAGUGUAGUCAGGUGAAAACAUUGACUAUGGCUACAACAGAAGAAGAUGGCUUUUUUGAAACAAAACUUCCUUUUACUCCAACUAACAAAUGCUAUGCCAAGAUCCUUGGAGGUCCUAAUCAGCUCUUUAUUUCAAGAAAAGAAACAGACCCCAAUAUUGUCAAGUCUCAAGAAGAUGAUAACUCCUACACUAUCUCUAACCCUUUAAAGUUCUACACAAAAUGCCCUUCAUCCAACAAGAAUGAUAAUGGAAAAUGUCAUGAUGAGUUUGGUUCAUCCAAGACUAUUGAUCUACCAGUGCCAAAAGAAUGGGGAAUUGCACCAACUAGCUACUAUGUCCCUUUUCUCCCCAUCAUUGGGAUACCUUAAGUAUGUAUGUAUGUAUGUAUAUGGUAUUUUAGUGUGUUCUAGCUAAUCUUCUCAUGAUAUUAGAGAAAAUGGCAUGCAAGACUUAUUAGUUUUCUAAAGUACACUCAUAUCGGUCUAUUUAUGUCAUAAUUAUGUUGCGUGGAAGAAAGGUCUCAGAUAUAUCUUUGGCAUGUAUGAGAUCGAUGGUAUUAUAUAUGAAUAUUAAAUAUAUAAACAUAUGUCUAUUUAUGUUUAUAUAGGUUUUGGCUGUAGAAUAUUGUGUAGUUAAUGAUCAUGUUUAGUAUUAU